AUGCACCUGCUGCUUCUGCCUGCGCUCCUGCUCAGAGUGGCUGCAGACAACCGGCCCCCUCUGUCUGCUUAUGCGGGGGACUCUGUCACGCUGCUUUCAGGAGCAGAUCCACUGUGGAAUCUUUCAGCCAUCACCUGGUCGAUAUGGCCCAACACCACAUGGAUCGCCAAAUAUGAUGAUAAAAGGACCAAUACAAACCUCUUUUAUAAAUACAGGGGGAGACUUCAGCUGAAUGAAGUCACAGGAGACUUGACGAUAACGAACGUGAGCAGCGCAGAUGAGAUGAAAUACACUGUUGAUUUCUUCAACACUGAACGGAAGAAUAAAGUCAACACAAUCCAACUUCGAAUAAAACAGCGUUUAAAUCAGCCCUUGAUCCGGAAAGCGGUGGCAGCAGCAGGGGACAUCUGUCUGUUGGCUCUGAACUGCUCCUCGUCGGACCCCGGAGUGUCCCUGUCCUGGGAAUCGGACCCGCACCUUCGAACCUUAGGACACGACGGAGACACCCUCAUGGCCGUUCUCAACAAAACUCACACCGGCCUCAACUUUACCUGCGUCUCCAGGAAAAACUCAGACAACUCCACGAGUACGAUCUCCAUCACGUGUGAAGUGUUGUCCUCCCACAGAGCCAGCUCCUCCUAUCUCCUGUCCUGA